GACCUGGACUCUGCGGCCAUUAAGCCAGUCCCCAUUGCGCUGGCCUCCACUUGCCUACUUGGGGCGCGAGGAGGUUGGAGAGCUUUUUUUCUGGGACCUAAGCAAAGGCAUCCACACUGCUGCUAAGCUGAAGUUGAAGCUCACACAUCCUGGAAAAUGCUAGCACCCAUACCAGAACCCAAGCCUGGAGACCUGAUUGAGAUUUUCCGCCCUAUGUACAGACACUGGGCCAUCUAUGUUGGUGAUGGAUACGUGAUCCACCUGGCUCCGCCAAGUGAAAUUGCAGGAGCUGGGGCAGCCAGCAUCAUGUCUGCUUUUACUGACAAGGCCAUAGUGAAGAAAGAACUGCUGUGCCAUGUGGCUGGGAAGGACAAGUACCAGGUCAAUAACAAACAUGACAAGGAAUACACUCCACUGCCUCUAAACAAGAUCAUCCAGCGGGCUGAGAGACUGGUGGGGCAGGAGGUGCUCUACAGGCUGACCAGCGAGAACUGUGAGCACUUCGUGAAUGAACUACGCUAUGGAGUUCCUCGGAGCGAUCAGGUCAGAGACGUGGUCAAGGUGGUAGGCAUCGCUGGAGUGGGCUUGGCGGCCAUGGGCUUCAUUGGAGUCAUGCUCUCCAGAAACAAGAAACAGAAGCAGUGAGCUGAAUGACUGCCCCGUUUUAGGGCUCUUCUUUUGCUAGAGGGUUUGGAGUUUGAUUUAUAGAUUCUACUGCUUUAUAAUUAGGUUUAUUUUCACAACAUACAAUAAACCAAAAGAAGGGAAUUUUUGUGGAGGAUGCUACAGUAGCUACCUGGUGUGAAGUCUCUGGAGGGAAGCGCGGGGCUCUGUUCUGGGUAACACGCUUUCCUGGCUGGUCUUUCUGUUUGCUGUGGUACCCUUUGUAUUGCAGAAAACAGAGUCCAGCACUGCUAUCUCAAAUGAAGCACAUUGCUGUGUGUCAGAUACUGUGGUAUGCCAAAGGAGACAGCCUGGGUACACAGAAAUGGAAAUAUCAGAUAGUCAGGGAUCUUGGCCUAGAACUUGAUCCAACAUGGCAGGUUGAGACUCAGAAGCUGGAGUUUGUGGAUAUUCAGUGGUGUGUGAAAGACAAAUCCUGUAGCGUUGGGGCUUUAGCUUAGUGAUAGAGUGCUUUCCUGGAGUGCAUGCAGUUUUAGGUUCAAUCCCUAGUGUAAUCCCUUUCCACAGAGAAAUCCAGGAUACACUUGGGUGAUCUUCCUAAAGCCUUCUGAUUUCCUUCCGUAUUACAGAUCUGUUCUAGUUAGGUUUCUAUUGCUAUGAUAAAGACUUGAAACAACUUGGGGGAGGAAAUGGUUUAUUGGCUUACAUAUCCCUGGUCACAGUCCAUUGAGAGAAGCUCAAAGGAACUCAAGGCAGGAACCAAAGCAGAAACCAUGAAGGGUGCUGCUUACUGGCUUGCUCACCAUGACAUACAUCUUGUCUGUUGGAGCCCUGGUCAGGAUUGAAAUGUUGCUCUGUAAAAGCUUUCUCCUGACUUAUGCACAUCUUGCACAGAAUACACAUGUGCUUGCUGAGUUACAGCAUUGAGAGAAUAGUUUUCUUUGGCUCAGGUUCCUUAGGGUUUCAUGUCAGUGCUCAAGGCCCCCAAACCCAAAGGACCUAGACCCAAGUUCAAAGGGCAGGUGUCUUGAUGCUCCCCCUCCCCCCACAUUGUGGCACAAGGUGAAGGAGACACACAAUAUUCACAAUAUUUAGAUAAUAUUAAUUUAUUACCUAAACUAAUAAUGAGUGGGACAAGAGAAAGAAGGAGAAAAA